AGGGAAAGCAAACAUUGUCUGAAUUCACGCGCUGCUUCGUGCUAUCUGGGAAAAGGCCUCGGCGAGGCUGUGAACAGCAAGAGGACACAUAACCAUCUCCGCCUGCACAGGACAAUGGCAGACCUAGACCUGAGUCUGAGCGAUGCUCUGACUGACAGCGUGCCCCAGUCUGGCACUGAAAACAUGGUUCAGAGGGACUUUGUCGCCGCCCUGGAGGCCGAGACCUUCGAGGACCAGGUGGGGGAAACCGUGGGCAAGACAGACUACAUCCCGCUGCUGGAUAAGGACGAGAAGAGAGACGCAGGUUCUGCGGUGACGCCAGGGGGACAGGUUGCAGCGCAGCGCCCGGAACCACAGGGGGAAGUGCGGCCCCGGUCGACAGGACAACAGGUCUUCUCAACAGAUUUCAUGUCAGGCCCAGUGACCAUGUCAGGGUUUGGUGAUCAGUGGGACACCCAGCCCUUCACCCCCCAGAUGCAGGACAACAGCCUGAUGAGUGCCCACCCAGGUUAUUGUUGUUUCUCUCAGCCGGGGAUGAUGAAGAUGGAGGUUGGGGUGGCUCCUCUGCAGACAGAGAGGACCCCCAGCAUUGCUGAGCCUCAGAAGCCCCCGGCCUCACUCGCCACUGAGGGUCUGGCUCCGGCAUCCCCAGCCUCUGCUGCAGGAGUCCUGGUUGAUCCCUGGGAGGGCGAGGGUGGGCUGCGGACGGAUUUGCCCUUCACCCCCAGCGUCUCCACAGUGAUCAGUCGCCACGCCAGCCAGCUGGCAGGGAGCCCCCAGGAGCCCCCGGACCCCCAGUGGGGCCACCGGCAGGGCCCGGGGGCCGGGGAGGAGAGGGAGAACGAGGCCGCCGACAGGAAGCAGCAGAAGAAGAAGAAGAAGAGGAGGCCCAGGGAGGAGGUGUACGACCUCCUGGAGACCAGGGGCCCGGCAGACCCGCAUGGGCCACAGGCCGAAAACACCCCGCCGACCGACGCCCCGCACAGGGUAUCCCCGCGGAGGGAGGGGGGCUGGGAGCGCGAGGACGGGGGCAGAAGUGGGGGCAGGGGCAAGAGGGGCAAGAGCAGAAAGAAGGUCCCAGAGGAAUGGGGUGUACCCCAGGAGCCUCUUGUCUCUCCUCCGGGCUCCCGCCCCCAGGAGGUGGCCGCAGACCCACUUACGCCCCCCCUCGCUUGCCCCCAGGCCGCAGAGAGCCCCGCCCACGAUAUGAGGGACCCCCUGGUCUGCCUGUCUGGGGAUUCCCCCUCCUUUAGUCUGGAGGACGGCCUUAUACCUGGAGUGCCCCCUUCUCUCACCCAGGAUCUGCUGUCCCUCACAGCCUCAUUCCCCCCUCCCACACUGGGCUCUGAGCCUGUUCUCAUUAGCCCCAUAGCCAUGUCCCCAGGCCUGGGAGCAGGCUCCUCCCCCAAACAGACCCUUCUGCAACCCCUCGGUCUGGAGACUCCCUUCUCUGUAGGGGUGGUAGACAGUCCUGUAGCCCCCUGUGUAGUGGCUGGAGUUCCCAGCAUGGAGAAGGCUGAAGAGGGCCUGUCCCUCCUUCCCUCAGAUCUUUUUGGUGCUGACACCUCUGUGUCUGCUGAUAAAGAGGAGCUUCCCUACAGCCCUGAGGGUGUGCAGGCUGAGAGUGAACCCAUUGAGAAAGCUGUGCCGGUGUUGGAGCCUUCCUUCAUCAGCUCUGUGAAGGAGUCUCAUGAGGAGGAUGUCGUUGUGCCCUCCAUUCCGUCACCCCCUAAAGAGGCUCCUGUGGCGAGCCUCACUGCCCUCCACCCUGGCUCUCCCACCGGGGAAGCGAUCCCUACCCCAUCCUCUUCAGAAACGCCCAGCGAAGAUACCAUCGACCCAAGCACAGGCUCCCCUCUCACACCUACUGAAGGCGCAUUUCCUCCUCAAGAUGCCCCUUUCACACCCCUUCACUAUGAGGAGCCCACCUCACCUGGUGGUAAAGCGGGUCCUGGGCCCACCCUGCCAGAGGAACACCCUCAGGACACUUCAGCUCUCAGUCCUGUGUCUUCCCCUAAAGACAAACCCCUCUCCAGCCCUAAAGAGCUGAAAGAGGCUCGGGGCCAAAAGCAGAAGCAGCCCAAAAAGUCCCGCUCUGCCUCCGCCAAGAGCCCCACCACCCCCGAAGCGAAACAGCCCCCCUCCGUCACUCCUCCGGCUCUCAGCCCUGUCACGCCGUCCGCCCCUCCGCUCUUCAGUUUAAAUUCCGAGCUGAACCCCUCCGCCCCCCCUUUCUUUCCCAACUUCCCGGAGAACCAGGAGCACCCCGUGCAGGGAGGGGAGGAUGAGGGGGGUCUUGCGGACCCCCUUGCGCUGGAAGUAGUUAAAACGGAGAAGGAAGGCAAACUGGACAAAGUAGAAAGGAUGGAUAACUCACAGAAGGUGGAGAAUUUUGAUAUGUUUGAUAAGAAGGAUAAGACGGAGAAGACUGACAUGAUGGAGAAGACAGACAAGGCAGAGAGCGUGGGCAAGCAGGAGAAAGAGAAGGUGGAUAAAGUGGAGAAAGUGGACACAUUGGAAAAGGUGGAGAAGACAGAAAAGGCAGAGAAGACAGACAAGCAGGAGAAGAUGGACAAAGCUGAGAAAACAGACAAGUUAGAGAAGGAGGAAAAAGCACAGAAGAUGGAAAAGGAUGAAAAAGUAGACAAAGUCGAAAAGGCAGAAAAGGACGAGAAAGUAGACAAAGUGGAAAAGACAGAAAAAGAUCAAAAAGUCGACAAAGAUAAAGUAGAAAAGACAGAAAAGGAUCAAAAGGUAGAGAAAGACAAAGUAGAAAAGAAGGAGAAGGAUGAGAAAGUAGACAAAGAUAAAGUAGAAAAGGCAGAAAAGGACGAAAAAGCGGCGAAAGUAGAGAAGGCAGAGAAAGAUGAGAAAGUAGACAAAGAUAAGGCUGAGAAAGAGACGCAGGACAAGGCACAAAAAGCAGAGAAGCCGGAGAAGAAGGACGCUGCCGAGAAGACGGACAAGGCCACCAAACCCGGGGACAAACCAGAGAAGACCGGGAAAGUGGCUGGGAAAUCUCCCGCAGCAAACGGGAUCAGCGCGGCACCAACCAAGGACCUGACCAGCCCAGAUAAGAAGACCAAGCCCGCUGCUGGGUCAGCUAAACCGAGCUCUGCCAAACCUCGGCCGAGCUCGCUAUCCACCGGCUCGGCCGCCCCCAAACGCCCUACCCCUACUUCCAACUCCUCCUCCACCGCCCCCAGCAAAAAAAGCCCCAUCCCCAAGGCAACCACCCCAACCACUGGCACCAAGCGGCCCCCGUCCGCUGCCAGCCGCCCCCCCACCACCACUGCCACGUCCCGUGAGGUGAAGCCCAAGACAGCAGAAGCCCGUACCACAGAGAGGCGCCCCCCUGUGCCAAAGGCUAAUGCUACUGGCACAACUCCAGCCGCAACUUCCAAAAAUGGUUCUUCGGCCACAGACACCACUAAACCAGCUGGGGCUCCUCGUGUGCCCCUAGCCAGUCGUACCUCCACCAGUGCCCCCACACCACGACGCUCGACAGCUGCCAAGACCGAUAGCAAACCAGGGGAGGUGAAGAAGUCCAGUACGCUAAAGACAACCCCAGCUGACUCCACUCGCCCCAGGACCAACCCUAGCCGGAGUCCUGCCACCAUCUCUAGCAGCCUGGUGGCCAGCACUGCAGCCACCCGCGCCCGCGCAGCCAAACCCUCCACCCCCAGCGUGCCGGAGAAGAAGCCCCCCGUCCCACGCGCGCCCCGCCCCAGCGCUGCCCCCGCCAAGGCCUCGUCCCGCCCCGGCACCGCCCCCCUGCCGGAUAUCCGGAACAUCCGCUCCAAGAUCGGCUCCACGGACAACAUGAAGCACCAGCCCGGAGGGGGCAAGGUGUCUGCAGCACAGGGCAGAACUGACACUCUGGCACAAGGCUCCCUCUCCAAAGAGACAAGCCAGGGCAAAGUUCAGAUAGUCAACAAAAAGCUGGACUUCAGCCACGUCACCUCACGCUUGGGUUCCAAGGACAAUAUCAAGCAUGUGCCUGGUGGAGGGAAUGUCCAGAUAAUGAACAAGAAGGUUGACGUAAGCAAAGUGACAUCAAAAUGUGGGUCUAAGGUCAACAUCAAACACAAACCCGGGGGUGGUGAUGUGAAGAUAGAGUCCCACAAGGUCAACUUCAAGGACAAGGCUCAGUCCAAAGUGGGGUCAAUGGACAACGUGAGUCAUGAACCAGGAGGUGGCCACAUCAAGGCUGAGGGGGCGCAGGAGACAGCUGAGGGAAAUGUGGCUCCCUCUAGUGGUGACCCGGCCCCGGUGCCGGCCGGGAGGGCAGCCCAGGAGAAUGGCGUAAAGGAGGGCGCGCCCUGUGGGGAGGGCGAGGGUCUCCGGGACCCCCAGGGCCUGGACUCGCGCAUCCCUGAGACAAGCAUUUAACCCUGCUUUGUACUAUCACUCUACCCUCUUCAUCUCCACCCCCCCCCCCCAACAUCCCCUCUCAUCUCUCCUCUUCCCUCCUGCCGCCACGCCCCCUCCCCCUUUCUCUCUCUCUCUCUUUUCUC